GUGAUAUAGCCAAGAUGUCUGUGGCUAACGGUGACAACUCCCUCUACCCCAUUGCCAUGCUCUUAGAUGAACUGCGCAACGAGGAUGUUCAACUACGCCUGAACAGCAUCAAGAAACUAUCCAUUAUCGCCUUGGCCCUCGGGGCGGAAAGGACCCGAAGCGAGCUCCUGCCUUUCCUAACAGACACCAUUUACGAUGAGGACGAGGUCCUCGUGGCCUUGGCGGAACAGCUGGGGACCUUCACCACGCUGGUGGGAGGUCCGGAGUAUGUACACUGCCUGCUGCCACCCCUGGAGUCCUUAGCCACAGUGGAGGAGACGGUGGUGCGCGACAAGGCGGUGGAAGCCUUGCGAGUCAUCUCCAAGGACCACUCGCCCUCAGACCUAGAGACCCAUUUCGUGCCGUUGCUGAAACGGUUGGCAGGUGGCGACUGGUUCACUUCCCGCACCUCUGCCUGCGGCCUCUUCUCCGUGUGCUACCCUCGUGUGUCCACUGCGGUGAAGGCAGAGCUGCGACAGUACUUCCGGAGCCUGUGUUCAGAUGACACUCCAAUGGUGCGGCGGGCUGCGGCCUCCAAACUGGGGGAGUUUGCCCAGGUGCUGGAGCUGAAUGACGUCAAGCAGGAGACCAUCCCCAUGUUCUGCAGCCUGGCCUCUGACGAGCAGGACUCUGUAAGGCUCCUGGCAGUGAAGGCUUGUGUGCAUAUCGCCCAGCUCCUGCCGAAGCAAGAGGUGGAGGCCUUGGUGAUGCCUACCCUGAGCCAGGCUGCCGAGGACAAGUCCUGGCGCGUCCGCUACAUGGUGGCUGAGAAAUUUACAGAGCUCCAAAAAGCAGUUGGACCUGAUAUCACCAAGACAGACCUGGUUCCUAUCUUCCAGAACCUGAUGAAUGACUGUGAGGCUGAAGUGAGGGCCGCAGCCUCCCAAAACGUCAAAGAGUUUUGCGAAAAUCUCUCAGCUGACUGUAGGGAGAAUGUGAUCAUGACCCACAUCCUGCCCUGUGUGAAAGAACUGGCAUCAGACACUAACCACCUUGUGAAGUCAGCUCUGGCCUCAGUCAUUAUGGGCUUGUCCCCUGUCUUGGGCAAAGACAACACCAUUGAGCACCUGUUGCCCCUCUUUCUGACUCAACUGAAGGACGAGUGCCCUGAGGUGCGACUCAACAUCAUCUCCAACUUGGACUGUGUAAACCAGGUGAUUGGCGUGCGACAGCUGUCUCAGUCCCUGCUGCCAGCCAUUGUGGAACUGGCUGAAGAUGCCAAGUGGCGAGUGCGGCUGGCCAUUAUUGAGUACAUCCCCCUCCUAGCUGGACAGCUAGGAGUGGAAUUCUUCGAUGAGAAACUCAAUUCGUUGUGCAUGGCCUGUCUCAUGGAUCAUGUCUAUGCCAUUCGUGAGGCAGCCACCUGCAACCUGAAGAAGUUGGUGGAGAAGUUUGGGAAGGAGUGGGCCCGUGCUGCCAUCAUCCCAAAGGUCUUGGCCAUGUCUGGUGACCCCAACUACCUAUACCGCAUGACUACACUCUUCUGCAUCAAUGUCCUGUCUGAAGUCUGUGGGCAAGAUAUUACCACCAAACAAAUGCUGCCCACAGUGCUGCAAAUGGCUGGGGAUCCGGUUGCCAACAUCCGCUUCAAUGUGGCUAAGUCCCUACAGAAGAUAGGACCCAUUCUGGAUACCAGUACCCUCCAGACCAAAGUCAAGCCCAUCCUGGAGAAGCUGACCCAGGACCAGGAUGUGGAUGUUAAGUAUUUUUCCCAGGAGGCUCUUACUGUUCUCUCUUCUACCUGAUGUGGAAGACGAACAUUGCCAGCCUCCAGUGUCUACCUUCAAACUCCGCCAAAUACCUUCCUCAAGAAGACAGUGGGGGCCAUAGACGGCCACUGCUUUUCCAUGGUCUGACCUAGGCCCCUCUCCCCAGCACAGUUACUUUUAUCGUCAGCCUGAGAUGAUUUCUCAUUGUCCACUAGGGAAGCACAAGAUGGGACACCAAAGCAGCCCUGG